GUCUAUGCCGACCCGGGGCGCCCUGCCAAACACGAGGCACGUGCACGUGGAGGUUCCACCAGAGCAGAGCAAGGAGGAUCCGCAGGCCCCGAGGGAGCUUCCGAGACUCCUCGACAAGGAGCCCGGCAGUCCCAGCAAGCCCUCCGAAAAGACGGUCUCCAUCGAUGAGGUCAAGUCACCCAAGGCCGCCGAG